AUGAUUUUCAAAUCAUUAGCAGUUUGUAAAAAUACAACUCCAUACAAAACCGAUGUAUCGAUGAAGAUUUGGUACAAGGAACUAAAAAAUGGGAAAAAGCAAGAGAGAACUGCUGCCAUUGGAAUUGAUCCAUACACUUCACAACAUGAUUUAAAAUUAAUAUUGGCUAAAAAGAAAACACCAUUCUUUAGUGACUACUGUAAAAAGGCAAUGGAACAUGGUAAAAGCCAAGAACCAAUAGCAAGAGAAUUUUAUUUUAAUGAGUUGGAGACUUCAAUUAUCGAAAAAGGUAUCUUUCCAUUGCCAGGUGACAAAAGAAUUGGAUGUUCUCCUGAUGGGGUAAUUUAUACAACAGUACCUGGUAAAGAUGGAGUUUUACAGGUGAAGGAGUUAUUGAAAUACCAUCCAAAAAAGGUUUUCCUUUUUUUCAUUGUAUUCGUUAUUAAUCAUAUUGUAAAAAAAAUAAUAAAAAAAUAA